UUCAGUAACACCAAUUCAGCAACAGGUUCAGCAACAAUGGGUGCCUAUAAAUAUUUGGAAGAGCUGCAACGCAAGAAGCAGUCGGAUGUCCUCCGCUUCUUGCUCCGUAUCCGCUGCUGGGAGUACCGUCAGCUGAACGUCGUCCACCGUGCGUCGCGCCCCUCGCGUCCCGACAAGGCCCGUCGUCUCGGUUACAAGGCCAAGCAGGGUUUCGUUAUCUACAGAAUCCGCGUUCGUCGUGGAGGCCGCAAGAAACCCGUUAGGAAGGGUGCUACCUAUGGUAAGCCCACCAACAUGGGAGUUAACCAGCUCAAGUACCAGCGCUCGCUCCGCACCACUGCUGAGGAGCGUGUUGGCCGUCGCUGCCCUAACUUGCGUGUUUUGAACUCGUACUGGGUCAACCAGGACUCUUCGUACAAGUACUUUGAGGUCAUCCUCGUGGACCCCCAGCACAACGCUAUCCGCAACUCUGCCAAGUACAACUGGAUCGCGAACCCGGUUCACAAGCACCGCGAGUCGCGUGGUCUUACUGGCGCGGGCAAGGCUUCGCGUGGUAUCAAGAAGGGACACGGAUACAGCAAGACCAACAGCGGCAGAAGACACACCUGGAAGUUGCACAACACUCUCAGCUUGUGGAGAUACCGUUAG